AUGUGCAAUAAAUGUUUUUCUAAAUAUAUUGGAUCGGUCGAGGAUAGCAUACGCAAAAAUAUUAAGGAUUUCUGGGUAUACAUCUCUAAUCGUCGUGACAAAUCUGGAAUACCAGCUAAGGUUGAAUAUAAUGAUGAUGUUUCAAGUGAUCCACAAACAAUAUGCAACAUGUUUUCUGAAUUCUUCUCUUCCGUUUACGAACCGCCCUCACCUACACUAUCGCAGUGGAGACCACCUGCCGAUUCAGCAUCCCAUGACACUACUAUUACUAAUCUUCAUUUUGAAGUAGAAGAGAGCUGA